AUGAAUGGAAGCUGUUGUACAAAGGAAAUAGAAACAAUUAUGCUUAAUAUGAUGAAAGAAGAAUUGGCGACAGUUUAUCAGAAUAGAAUUAUCGCACUGAAGCAAUCACUUAAUUAUCACUAUGAACUCUUCGAUAAGCAGUACAAUGAGGGAAUCGAUGCAUCGAGAAAGCAGUUGCACGUAAUAUUCACCCGAACAUACGGACCACUUUAUCAAUCAAAUGCGCAGAUCUUUGACAAACUUUUCGAGGAUUUGCGAGAAUUCUACAAAGAACAAAGUUAUAUUUCUAUAAAACCUAUGUUAGAUCGAUUUUUCUUCGAUCUUUUCCGAACUUUGCUGCUCAUUCUCAAUCCAACGGUUAAAAGUGAAAUUAGGGAAGAUAAUUCUGAUUGCUCGAAAAAUUCUCUUGUAUUACAAGCAUUCGGUGAUAUACCAUUGAAAAUGAUUCGGCAGCUUGAAAGAAGUCUGGGAGCUGCGAGGUCAUUAACUCAUGCUCUAAAGUCAUCAUGUGAUAUUCUUCAGGAUAUUAUACAGAAGGAACUGCCAACUGAUUGUCAAAUCACAGCAACCCAAAUGAAAUACUGCGUGCAUUGCUUGCCGACAGCUGAAAGGAUAACAAUUAGCAAAUCGUUGAAACCAUGCCAAAUGUAUUAAGCUUUGACGAAAUUGGCGACACGUCUACGUGGGCCAUAUAACACGAUGGCUGUCCUAAUUCCACUUGCGGUGCAAAUCUCUGAAAGUAUUAUGAUAUUUCAGGAAAAGGCUUCAGUAAUAUCUUCCAGGAUUUCACGCAAAUGUUUGCGGAAAGAUAGUGGACAGUCAUUAAAACACGAGAUUGCAACAUUCAAAACAUCAUCGGAACCAUUGCCCGAUUUUCCUGCUGCCCUAUCAAAUGCUCAAUCACAGUUGCUGACCUCGUUUAUCGGAAAGCUAGAAGAAUCUCGAGGAUUCUGGAAAAUUGGUCCACGACUUUCUUGUGUCAAUUCCACCUGGUCAGUUGCAAUAAGUGACAACACUUGUUGGGAUGGAAAAAAAGUAGUAAACAAUUUGGAGACUGUAACUGAAAUGUCCGAUGAUGGUAUUGGAUCAAAUUUUACAACGAGUGUGUUUUUAACUGAGAGAUUGAAAUUGCUAAUGCUUUCGAAUCGACUGCUGGAUAGUUACGAAGGAAGACAGCUAUUUAAUGAAAGUAUUGAUGCUGAUGUCGAAGCGAGCGGUAACGGCGAUUCCUACCAUUCUAUUGAUGAUGAAGAUGGGGAUGAAUUUCGAGAUGAAGGAAGCGGAUCUGAAGAAAAUCUGACAGUGGUAGUCGACGUUGCAAGUUCUCAUCGAGAUACCACAGGACCAUUAGCUACUGAAGAAUCUGACUUGCAAAGUAGCAGCACAAGCGCAUCUGAGCCAAGCGUAACGUUGAAAGUACCAGAUGUCGAGAUCGUAAAAAUUUCUUCUCAUAAGCCAUUUCCUUAUAUAUUAUAUUUCUUGACUAUGUUUCAUAUUUUAUAA